AUGUCCGCGUCGGCAGACCCAUCAAGCGUAGAAGACGACUCGGGGGACAUUGCCCUCUCCCUCCCACGAUCGACAUCGGACCGCGCCCUCUCCGACGCCAUUGUCCAACACAGCUUGGCUCACUCCACCCGCUCCUCCUCGAGCGUCGCACGACCCGCCCACCCCUCGACCGUCACGCCGACACCACGGGCAAGGAGGGAUGUGACCGCCCCGGCAUCCAGUACACCAUUAGCGAGGAGGUUGUGGAACGACGCCGCCGUUGCCAAUGGCUACGCCGCACCUCAGGCAUCCCCACCCCGAUCGGCAAGCGCAUCCAGUCGUUGGCCGGAUCUGUCGGUUGAUGCUGGCCCUAGCAGGCCAUACUCCGCUGCUGCCAACCCAUGGCGUCCACCAUCUCCCUCUCCCUCCCCCUCACCGACGCCGACACCAGUGAACGAGUCACCGCAGUCAAUGAUCCCAACUAUUGGUGUCAACGGCCCGAGUUCGGGUGCCGGUGACUCGCCCACCAUUGCCGCAAGGCGGCAGAUCACGCGCUCACACUCGUUGAAUGUGCGCAUCCCAAGCGUUGAUCUGACCCAGCGGUCUGCGACAUCUGUGGUCUCGGCAACGUCUUCGCAACCACCGCUGGGCCUGCCGGCGAGCAAUACCCACUUGGCACCGUCGCCGCGCCCUCCACCUCUAGUGGACGGCGAGACGGCAAACAAGAUGUCGCGAUGGGUCAAGGAGCUCGUGGUCUGCAACUUUGACCUGGAGCGAGGGCCUGUCAUUGAGCGCCGUGCCGUCGGGAGGCGAUGGGGCCCAGGAGAAAAAGAGAACGUCGCUUUCUCCUCCUUCCCAGACACAUCGCUGUUCACGGAGGGCUCUAUCCAGUUCAGCUUCAAGAUCCGUCAUGUGCCUCCCGACCCAAAGUCGCUGGCAUACCCAGAGCCCCCCUCGCCCUUACCCGCCAGGGCAGACGAGGCAGUGCUCGCCAACAGCGCAAAGCCCCAUCAUGCGCGCAAGUCGAGCGUACACCGCGACAAGGCGGCAGAGUACCGCGCUUGGGACGAGCGAGGCCGCGAGUGGCUGUACGGGUUUGUGUGGUUCCAACAGAGGCGCGACCGUGGCAUUGCACGCGGGUUCAUGCAGAAAUCUGUUGUGAUCCUCACGCACCUCCCAUUCCCUGCGCUAUUCUCUGCCGUGCUUGCGCGCAUUGCCCCAAGCUUCUUCAAGUACGGAUACAGUGCGCUCGAGGUUGCGUGCCAUGGCAUUGCGUCAUGGCCUGACCCCUGCCCCGACGCCCUGCUUGAGCUGCCGCUCCUCUCAGAGGUGCUUACCGUCAAGCUGCCCGAUUCGACGGACAACCCGCAAGUGGCUGUCGGUGCCACAAAGCUCCGCGGCGAGCCAGAGCCCACCCUUGCGUCGUUGCCCCCUUCCACGCCCCUCCGCGCGUUCGCGACGUUCCUCCCGUCCCUCUGGUCCAUUUGGGAGUGCCUAGUGCUAGCUGAGCCCGUCCUCGUCAUUGCGCCAGACCCGCGCACCUGCUCGGAGAUUGUCUGGUGGCUGCGCGAGAUGGUGCGGCCUAUCCCCCUUGCCGGUGACUUCCGGCCAUACCUCCACAUCCACGACCACGACUUUUCGCUGCUCGUCAACUCGAACAAGCCUCAGGCCGGUGUCGUGGUGGGCGUGACCAACCCGUUCUUCCGCAACGCGGCGAGUCACUGGCCCAAUGUCAUCGCGGUGCCGAGCGGGCGUGCCAAGCCGCGCACCCAAAACCAGCCAAAGGCGGAUGCGCCAGAGGGUUUCUUGACAAAGAGGAACCGGAGUGUCCAGAAGGAUCGCGCGUUGUUGAAGCGCCUCGAGGCCCUCGUAGCUGAGGGCAAGCUGGACGACCCGGAAGGCAACGAGGCGCUCCGCAUGCACUUCCAGCAACUCACGGAACGCAUGCUCGUCCCGCUCAACCGAUACUUUCAGACUCUUGUCCCGCCACGGUCGCCAGCCAUGUCUGCUUCCUCGUCGAGCAUGCACAUGCCCGUUUCGACCAGCGGCUCCAGCACGCCCAACCUCCCUCCCCCACCCGCCCUGUCAUUGUCAACGCUCAAACCCUUCUCCCACCCAGCGUUCCUCACCCACCUGCGUACGCGCGGUCCCAACCCAUUACUCUUCAAGGCGAAAGGCCUAACGGGGAAAUCGCGCGUCGAGAAUGACUUUUACGCCGCAUUCUGUAAAAGUGGCUGCUUUGCAGGCUGGCUAUCUGCCCGCGUCGAGAGUCUCGGUAUUGCCGUGGCGAGCAACACGCUCGCAGCGACCGACACGGCAACCCAGGCCAGCAGACCGAACAGCAGCCACUGGCCUCAAGUUCAGUCGGACAUGGGACUCGGUCUCGAUGUCGACGACCGAUUCAGCGCCAGUACCCGCUCUAGCACGGAUGUUUCCGCUUCAUCGUGA